CCCGCGGAGCCGGAGGAGGCGGAGCUGGCGCGGUCCCGGCUCCCGAGCGGGGGAGCGGCCGAGGAAGCGGCGGGCCCCGGCCGAGGCUCGGACGUGGCGGCGGGGGAGACUGGCAGCGCGGGGAGCGCGGCGCCGUGGGGUAGGCGCUCCCGGCGAGAGGAGUCCGCUCCAUGCGUGCGGGCCGAGCCCGGCCCUUGCGAGCCGCCGACAUGAAGAAAGACGUGCGGAUCCUGCUGGUGGGAGAACCUAGAGUUGGGAAGACCUCACUGAUUAUGUCUCUGGUCAGUGAAGAGUUCCCAGAAGAGGUUCCUCCCCGGGCAGAAGAAAUCACCAUUCCAGCUGAUGUCACCCCGGAGAGGGUCCCAACACACAUCGUGGAUUACUCAGAGGCAGAACAGAGUGAUGAUCAACUUCAUCAAGAAAUAUCACAGGCUAAUGUCAUCUGCAUAGUUUAUGCUGUUAACAACAAGCAUUCUAUUGAUAAGGUAACAAGUCGAUGGAUUCCUCUCAUAAAUGAAAGAACAGACAAAGACAGCAGGCUGCCUUUGAUAUUGGUUGGGAACAAAUCUGAUCUGGUGGAAUACAGUAGUAUGGAGACCAUCCUUCCCAUUAUGAACCAAUACACAGAAAUAGAAACCUGUGUGGAGUGUUCGGCAAAAAACCUGAAGAACAUAUCAGAACUCUUUUAUUAUGCACAGAAAGCUGUUCUUCAUCCUACAGGGCCCCUGUACUGCCCGGAGGAGAAGGAGAUGAAACCAGCCUGUAUAAAAGCCCUUACUCGUAUAUUUAAAAUAUCCGAUCAAGAUAAUGAUGGUACUCUGAAUGAUGCUGAGCUCAACUUCUUUCAGAGAAUUUGUUUCAACACUCCAUUAGCUCCUCAAGCUCUGGAAGAUGUCAAAAAUGUAGUCAGAAAACAUAUUAGUGAUGGUGUGGCUGAUAGUGGACUGACACUGAAAGGUUUUCUUUUUUUACACACACUUUUUAUCCAGAGAGGGAGACAUGAAACAACUUGGACUGUGCUUCGACGAUUUGGUUAUGAUGAUGAUUUGGAUUUGACACCUGAAUAUUUAUUCCCCUUGCUAAAAAUACCUCCUGAUUGCACUACUGAAUUAAAUCACCAUGCAUAUUUGUUUCUGCAAAGCACCUUUGACAAGCAUGAUCUGGAUAGAGACUGUGCUUUGUCACCUGAUGAACUUAAAGAUUUGUUUAAAGUUUUCCCUUAUAUACCUUGGGGGCCAGAUGUGAAUAACACAGUUUGUACAAAUGAAAGAGGCUGGAUAACCUACCAGGGAUUCCUUUCCCAGUGGACGCUUACGACCUACUUAGAUGUACAGAGGUGCCUGGAGUAUUUGGGCUAUCUAGGCUAUUCAAUAUUGACUGAACAAGAGUCUCAAGCCUCUGCCAUUACAGUAACAAGAGAUAAAAAGAUAGACCUUCAGAAAAAACAGACUCAAAGAAAUGUGUUCAGAUGUAAUGUAAUUGGGAUGAAAAACUGUGGGAAAAGUGGAGUUCUUCAGGCUCUUCUUGGAAGAAACCUAAUGAGGCAGAAGAAAAUUCGUGAUGAUCAUAAAUCCUACUAUGCAAUUAACACAGUUUAUGUAUAUGGACAAGAGAAAUACUUGUUGUUGCAUGAUAUCUCAGAAUCGGAAUUUCUAACUGAGGCUGAGAUUAUCUGUGAUGUCGUGUGCCUGGUGUAUGAUGUCAGUAACCCCAAAUCCUUUGAAUACUGUGCCAGGAUUUUUAAGCAACACUUCAUGGACAGCAGAAUACCUUGCUUAAUCGUAGCUGCAAAGUCAGACCUGCAUGAAAUUAAACAAGAAUAUAGUAUUUCACCAACUGAUUUCUGCAGGAAACACAAAAUGCCUCCACCACAAGCCUUCACUUGCAAUACUGCUGAUGCACCAAGUAAAGAUGUCUUUGUUAAAUUGACAACAAUGGCCAUGUACCCCCAUGCCCGGUUACGCUGUAUGUGCACCUGCAACAGGUGUACAUUUUGCAUCUGUCAGAACUUCCUCAACUCAGACUUGCUGCAAUCUGUAAAGAACAAAAUCUUCACUGCAGUUCUGAACAGGCACGUGACACAGGCUGACCUCAAGAGCUCCACGUUUUGGCUUCGAGCAAGUUUUGGUGCUACAGUUUUUGCAGUUUUGGGCUUUGCUAUGUACAAAGCACUAUUGAAACAGCGAUGAUUAAAAAAAAAAUACUGGCCCUACCAAAAACUAAUACUUUUAUGUACAUUAUGAAUGCUUUAAGUUCUGCCAGAAAUACUGAGAUAUUUAUACAUGCAGAGUUACUUUAUUAAUAUUUGUAAUUCAUGCAUAAGAGUAUUUUAAUGAUAGGUUAUAACUGCAGUAUUGGCUAGCAUAUGAAAGAAACAGCUUAACAGCCAAACUAAAAAUGGCUGAGUUUCAGAGGCCAAAAGGGAUUAUUUUGUAAAUGAUGUACAUAUUCAGGCAAGAUAUGGUCUCCCAAACUGACUCCUAGAAAUGAUGUUUCUAGACGUUUCUACAUGGUAUUGUUAGUGCUCGGUUGGCCCACUUUCCUAGGUUGAAGUCAACUCAGAGAUUGUAUUUGCUCAUGGAUCACCUAUUUAUUUCACAUUUACUUAGAAUGAUUCUUUGGGUUCUUUAACGUACAUGAGGCUCAGUUUGCCAUUUUCUCUCCAUUUUUUAAGAUGAGCUCAUCAGUGUCAGCUUACCAACACAACUUCUGUCAGUCACUUAUGGUAGGCCAGCCUUGAAGCCAUCGUGCAGUCUAGAAAACUGUAUAGCUAGUGUGAGACUCUCCUUUAAGGAAGGAGGAAGCUGAAGGCCAUUAGCAGAGCUGUUACCUAUGUGAUUAUAUCAUUUCCUUUGUCAGUAUAUUGAAUUUUAUAGCCCUUUCAAUCAAAUGAACAAGAAGAUUUGUAUAUUAUCAAUGUUUUUAGUUUAAAUAAACCAGUCACCAUUAACUACUGUUGAAUUUCCUCCCAAAUUGUAAAUCAUUCUAUAAUGGCUGUGUCUGUUACAGUGUAUCACAGUAGCUGCAUGUGUCAUGAGAUGUUGUAUAUCUGGCUAGGAUAGCCUAGAAGCAGCACUUUUUUAAAUGGUGAAAUAAAUCUAAUGAAUAUAAACUCAUGAUAAACCUAUUUUUUCCAUCAUUGACCUUUUCAAGUAUUUAAAUAAAUAACUGCUAUGUACUGUGA